AUGAAGCGGUUCGAGUGGCUGCUAAUCCUAGCCUGCAUUGCGUCCUCCUCGGCGGCUGCUACGCAACGCCGACGACGCCACAGCGUUGUGGAGGCAGCUGCCACACCCAGCACCAGCGAUUGGAGCAUGGGACUUGGUUUCGGACCGGAGAUGAGUCUGGUGCGGCGCUUGUAUGACGAUUGCCAGGACAAGAACGACUUCAUUGGCUGCCUCAAGCAGAAGGCGCUGCACGCACUGGCGCGCGCCCUCGACCGGGACUCCAUUAAGAUCAUGGACGGGCUGGUGCUGGAGAAGCAGAACCAGACCGAGACUGAGAGCGUCCUGGGGUCCCUCACGGAUGCACGGCAGUUUGGCAGCCUCUCGCCCAUAGACCGUGCCCUGCUAGCCAAGGCCGACAAGCUGCUGCGCACCCACACGCUGAAGCUGGACAUGGACAUGGGCAUGGGCAUGGAGUCGGGCGUGUCGGGCGUGUCGGUGGGACGCGGCGAGCAUGGGCACAAGAAAAAGAAACAAAAGGAGGGUGGCCACAUCAAGUACGUGAUUGCCGCCUUGCUAACGGCCAUGGGCAUUGCCGGUCCACUGGGUCUCAAGGCACUGGCGGCGAUCGCCGGCAAGGCACUGGUAAUCAGCAAGGUGGCCCUGACCAUAGCCGGCAUCAUCGCCCUCAAGAAGCUAUUCUCGCACGAUCACAGCGAAGAGACGAGCUUCCAGGUGCAUGCAGGCGAGCACAAUAGGCGCAACACCUACGUGAUUCGGCCCGUGUCCAAGACGAGUCCCAGCAUGGGUGUGACUGCAGCCGGUGGCAGCUCUUCGGUGGAUCCAUAUCGCUACUACUACGAGUCCCAGAUGCAGUAACGAGUACCCGCGCGCACGCGCAUGUAUGUUUGGAGAAAUCUUCGCUCUUGGCCGCGAAGUCCUGAGGCAGCUAAACUACCAAAGAACCGUACACAACAGCGCCUGGCGCAAAGAGCCUGAGCGCAGCAGGCCCUAACCUUAUCGUAGAUUUUAAG